UUUCAGGUGAUGAGUUCAUAUUCCGUGACACCUACGGCGGCAUCAGCCUUAUGUUUGCAGCCAAUCAGACCACGAAAACACUUAUGCCAAACACCACUUUUAGGGUGCUAGAACCAGCUUCAUUCUCAGUGUCAGCCGACCGUCGGUUCCUGCUCCUGGCGCAGAAUGUGCGCAAGAUCCACACGCAUUCCUACCUGGCAAGAUACACCGUCUACGAUAUACUAACCACCGAGUCCUACCCCCUAACUCCGCUGCCAGACGAGGUUGGGGGCGGAGUGAUCACCGAAGGGCCCUCACUACUCCUAGCCACGUGGACCCCCAAGGGCCAUGGGCUGAUCACCGUCAAAGAUUACGACAUAUACUACAGACCUGCCCCCAGGUCAUCCACGGGGUAUCGUGUGACGGAGUCUGGAGUGCCAGGCACAAUCCACAAUGGAGUACCAGACUGGUUGUAUGAAGAAGAGAUCCUGGGAUCCCGCACAGCGCUGUGGAUGUCGGCAGACGGCCAUAUGGUGCUAUAUGCUACGUUUAAUGAUACCCUGGUACAUGAACAGAAGUACCCGUGGUACGGAGCAGCUUUAGAUACUGAUGAUCCUGCUAAGACAUACCCGGAGAUCAGAAGCGUAAGGUACCCAAAGCCUGGUACUAACAACCCUACAGUGACUCUCACAGUCGCCGACAUCGCAGAUCCGAAACACAUUCGCACUCGACACCUCACACCACCCAAAGUUAUUAUAGAAGAGGGUGAUUACUACUUCACGAGUGCACAAUGGGUGUCCCUCACAGAAGUAUGUGUAGUCUGGCUCACAAGGAUGCAGAACUUGUCCGUGGUCUCCGUCUGCAAAAGUCCCAUGUGGUACUGUCAAGAGGUAUACAGGAUAUCCUCAGGGUUAGACGGCUGGGUGGAAUCAGCACCGUCUCCUCUCUGGUCAGCCGGUGGCGGUGCCCUAGUGACCUUGGCCCCAGUCAGGGAUGGUCCAGCUGGGUUGUUCCGUCACAUUGUGAGGACGGAACAUAACUCUCACGGGCCUAGAGCUCUGCCCCUAACACAUGGGAGCUUUGAUGUGGUCCAGUUACUGGCUUGGGACCAUGCAAACCAGCAUAUCUAUUACUUGGGCAUCCCAGAAGGAAAACCAGGACAACAGCACCUAUACAGAGUAUCAUCCGAGGCGCCGAGGCCGGGCUCCCCGCAAAAAUUGCCAUACUGUGUCACGUGUAACUCACAGCCAUCUCCGUCAAUAAACCUAGAGUACUACGGCAGCCUAGCAUCAUCAGGCGACAGUACCUGGGGCGACAGCGACUGGGAUGAAGAACUGCCACCAACCUCUCCUUCUCCCAGCAAGAAGAAAAAGAAGAAGUACCCUGAUGGCAUGCCCCAGAACUUGCCGUGCCUCUACCACGAGGCGCACUUCAGUCCAUCAUCAGCGUACUUCGUGCUGGAGUGCCUUGGACCUGGGGUGCCUACAUUCAGUCUACAUAAGACUGCACUGCCUGACCCUAGGCUAAUCGCACAUUUGGAGAACAAUACUAUUGUUAAGGAAAAGUUAGCCACAAUAGCUCUGCCGACGCCCCGUACGUUUUCGGUGCAGCUGUCCAGUGGCCACGCCGCGAGAGUGAGACUACUCCUCCCGCCAGGGUUGAGGGAAGAUGAAGUCACCAAGUAUCCAUUAGUAUUGAAAGUUCAUGGGGCACCAGGAACGCAGCUGGUAACAGAGCGUUGGUCAUUAGACUGGGGCUCGUUGGCCGCGGGUGCUGGUGCCAUACUCGCGUCAGUGGACGCGCGCGGCGCCGGCGGGAGGGGGCUCGGCGCACACCACGCGCUACAUCGCCGGCUCGGCACCGUCGAGCUACAAGACCAGUUGGAGGUUGCCGAGUACCUACGGGACUCCCUCCACUUCAUAGAUGCGCGUCGAGUCGCAGUAUGGGGACAAGCCCAUGGCGGCUUCCUCGCCGCUCUCGCGUUAGCCAGCACGCUGAAUGUGUUCCAUUGCGGCAUCGCAUUGACACCCAUCGUGCGCUGGCGAUACUAUGCCUCUGCAUACGCGGAACGCUACAUGGGCUUUCCCAACGCAACGGGCAACUACCGAGGGUACGCAGACGCUGACGUCACGAAGCAAGCAGCAGCGCUUCAUGACAAGAUGCUGCUCCUGGUACAUGGGACCGCAGACAAUAAUGUACAUGUGCAGCAGAGCAUGGCGCUCGCGAGAGCUCUGGCCGACCAGGGGAGCAUGUUUAGACAGCAGAUUUACCCUGAUGAAGGCCACAGCCUGGAAGGUGUAAAGCGUCACCUCUACCGCACAAUGUCCGCCUUCCUCGACGACUGCUUCAGGAAGCAGGUCCCUCCCGAGACCAAGGCGGGAUUGAGAAACGGAGGGAAUCUAGACUGA